GGUGGGUACAGGGAAGUCCAGCCUGCUGGAGCUGGCCGCGGGGCUGCGGCGGUGGGGACUGGCCUCGGCUUUCUGACAGCCUCCCGCCUCCCCUCGUCCUGUCCCUGCUGGCGGCGACCGGCCUCAGCUGCAGCGGGCCCGGGGCGUGGGGCCUUGACCCAAGGAAAGACGCACCCGUUUCUAGGACCUCCCAGGCUUAACACAGGGGAAUAAGAGGAGGAAGAUACCUGCCUUUAGGGACUGCAAGGUUAUUUCUCCACCUUUCCUCCUUGGAACUACCAGAGCAGGUUUUUUGUGACAUCGUAAACAUGAGCCCCACACAGUGGGACUUCCCUGUGGAAUUAUGUUGCCGGCCUAUGGCCUUUGUUACUCUGACGGGCCUGGAUGUAGUUUUUAAUGCAGUCCAUCGAGCUGUCUGGGAUGCCUUCUGUGCCAAUCGGAGAGCUGAUCGGGUACCAAUUUCUUUCAAGGUGCUCCCAGGUGAUCAUGAGUAUCCCAAAUGUAGACCCAAGAGAACUUCCUAUGAGUGGUACAUUCCUAAAGGGAUCUUAAAGACUGGCUGGAUGAAUAAGCAUCUGAAUCUGGUGCCAGCCCUGGUGGUUGUAUUCUAUGAACUGGACUGGGAUGAGCCUCAGUGGAAAGAAAAGCAGUCUGAGUGCGCCACCAGAGUGGAAAUAGUCAGGCAAAGCUUACAAGGAAGAAAUACAAAAGUUGCAGUGGUUCUGAUUCAGAAGAAAACACCUUUGCCCCCAGGAGAAGAUGUCAUUGCUUCAGAAAGGGCUGCAGCUCUAUGCAAUGCAUGUGAACUCUCAGGAAAGUCUUUGUUUGUCCUGCCGCACACUGACCACCUCGUGGGUUAUAUAAUAAGAUUGGAAAAUGCCUUUUAUGAACAUGCGCAGACUUAUUACUACACCGAGAUCAGAAGAGUGAAAUCUCAUAAAGAAUUUUUGAAUAAAACAACACACCAGCUUUUGUUUGUUAGGCAUCAGUUCAAAAUAGCUUUCUUCAGUGAGUUGAAACAAGAUACACAAAAUGCGCUGAAGAAUUAUAGGACCGCCUAUAAUCUUGUACACGAAUUGAGAGCCCAUGAAACUAAUAUUCUGGAAAUUAAGACUAUGGCAGGAUUUAUAAACUACAAGAUCUGUAGGCUGUGUUUUCAACACAAUACCCCAUUGGAUGCAAUUGCUCAGUUCCGAAAACACAUCGACUUCUGUAAGAAAAAGAUUGGAAGUGCAGAGUUGUCUUUUGAGCAUGCUGCAUGGAUGUCUAAACAAUUCCAGGCCUUUGGAGAUUUAUUUGAUGAAGCUAUUAAGUUAGGGUUAACAGCUAUUCAAACUCAGAAUCCUGGUUUCUAUUACCAGCAGGCGGCAUACUAUGCCCAGGAGCGGAAACAGCUUGCAAAAACCCUCUGUAACCACGAGGCUUCUGUAAUGUAUCCCAAUCCUGAUCCCUUAGAAACACAAACAGGCGUUCUUGACUUUUAUGGACAAAGAUCAUGGCGACAAGGAAUACUAAGUUUUGAUCUUUCUGAUCCUGAAAAAGAAAAGGUGGGAAUUCUUGCCAUUCAGCUGAAGGAGAGAAACGUUGUUCACUCCGAAAUGAUCAUAACUCUUCUGAGCAAUGCUGUUGCACAAUUCAAGAAGUAUAAGUGCCCACGAAUGAAAAGUCACCUAAUGGUUCAGAUGGGAGAGGAAUAUUAUUACGCAAAGGAUUAUACCAAAGCUUUGAAGUUGCUGGAUUAUGUGAUGUGUGAUUAUCGUAGUGAAGGAUGGUGGACUCUGCUUACGUCUAUAUUAACUACGGCUCUGAAGUGCUCCUACCUCAUGGCCCAAUUAAAGGAUUACAUUACUUACUCCCUAGAACUCCUUGGCAGAGCUUCAACUCUGAAAGAUGACCAGAAGUCUCGGAUAGAAAAGAACCUCAUAAAUGUUUUAAUGAAUGAAAGUCCUGAUCCAGAACCUGACUGUGAUGUCUUAGCUGUGAAAACUGCUCAGAAGCUGUGGGCAGACCGAAUUUCUCUGGCUGGCAGCAAUAUUUUCACAAUAGGAGUACAGGACUUUGUGCCAUUUGUACAAUGCAAAGCCAAGUUUCAUGCUCCAAGUUUUCAUGUUGAUGUUCCCAUUCAGUUUGAUAUUUAUCUGAAGGCUGAUUGUCCACAUCCAAUUAGGUUUUCCAAGCUCUGUGUCAGCUUUAAUAAUCAGGAAUACAACCAGUUCUGUGUAAUAGAAGAAGCAUCCAAAGCAAGUGAAGUUUUAGAAAAUCUGACUCAAGGAAAGAUGUGCUUAGUUCCUGGUAAAACAAGAAAACUGUUAUUUAAAUUUGUUGCAAAAACUGAAGACGUGGGAAAGAAAAUCGAGAUUACUUCAGUGGAUCUUGCUCUGGGCAAUGAGAUGGGAAGAUGUGUGGUUUUAAAUUGGCAGGGAGGAGGAGGAGAUGCUGCUUCCUCCCAAGAAGCCUUACAGGCAGCUCGGUCUUUCAAAAGGCGACCUAAGCUACCCGACAAUGAAGUUCACUGGGACAGCAUAAUAAUUCAGGCAAGCACAAUGAUCAUUUCCAGAGUUCCAAACAUUUCUGUACAUCUGCGACACGAGCCCCCUGCCCUGACUAAUGAAAUGUAUUGUUUGGUUGUGACUGUUCAAUCUCAUGAAAAGACCCAAAUCAGAGAUGUGAAGCUCACUGCUGGCUUAAAACCAGGACAAGAUGCCAAUUUAACUCAGAAAACUCAUGUGACUCUUCAUGGGACAGAACUGUGUGAUGAAUCCUACCCGGCUUUACUCACUGACAUUCCUGUUGGAGACUUACAUCCAGGGGAACAGCUGGAAAAAAUGUUGUAUGUUCGCUGUGGCACAGUGGGUUCAAGAAUGUUUCUUGUAUAUGUUUCUUACCUGAUCAAUACAACUGUUGAAGAAAAAGAAAUUGUUUGCAAGUGUCACAAGGAUGAAACUGUAACAAUAGAAACAGUCUUUCCAUUUGACGUUGCAGUUAAAUUUGUUUCUACCAAGUUUGAGCACCUGGAAAGGGUUUAUGCUGACAUCCCCUUUCUGUUGAUGACGGACGUCCUAAGUGCCUCACCCUGGGCCCUCACCAUUGUUUCCAGUGAGCUCCAGCUUGCUCCAUCCAUGUCCACAGUGGACCAGCUAGAGUCCCAGGUGGAAAAUGUUGUCUUACAGACUGGAGAGAGUGCUAGUGAAUGUUUUUGUCUUCGAUGCCCAUCUCUUGGAAAUGUUGAAGGUGGAGUAGCAACCGGCCAUUAUAUUAUCUCUUGGAAAAGGACUUCAGCCAUGGAGAACAUCCCCACCAUCAGUACUGUCAUCACUCUGCCACAUGUGAUUGUGGAAACUAUCCCUCUCCAUGUCAAUGCAGAUUUGCCAUCAUUUGGGCGAGUCAGAGAGUCCUUGCCUGUCAAGUAUCACCUACAGAAUAAGACCGACUUAGUUCAAGAUGUGGAAAUUUCUGUGGAGCCCAGUGAUGCCUUCAUGUUCUCAGGUCUCAAACAGAUUCGAUUACGUAUCCUACCCGGCACAGAGCAGGAGAUGUUAUAUAAUUUCUACCCUCUGAUGGCUGGAUACCAGCAGCUGCCAUCUCUCAGCAUCAACUUGCUUAGAUUUCCUAACUUCACAAAUCAGCUGCUCAGGCGUUUUAUACCUACCAGUAUUUUUGUCAAGCCACAGGGUCGACUCAUGGAUGACACCUCUAUUGCUGCUGCGUGAUGUUCAAGACGGGCCCUUGGCUGUUCACAGAGGUGCUGGGCAGAGCUAUACAGGUGUUUCAUUAUGAACUGUAGCUGUCAUCACGGUAAAAGUCAAUCUUUUCUAUUUUUUAAUGGAUGUUAUACCAACUAUUCAGAGGAACUCAUACUUCAAAAAUAUUAGGAAAAUCUAUCUUGUCUUAUAGUUUCUCUAAUAAAUAUUUGAAAUCUAUCAAUACAACAUGAAAGGAUUGGUAGAUGCACCAAUACCUGUGCCGUAAAGUUCUGAGUCCCCUAUGUGUGUCUUUCAGAGUUGGUCGGACCGGAAAUAAAUCCAUCUUCAUAAAUUCAGUGUGUACUCAGAAUACAUACACAGCAACAUAGGGAGUUACAUGACUGAUAUGGAAAACUUCAUGAAAGUUUUAAUCAAAGCAGUUUAAUUAACGUAUCAAAAAUAUCUUUGCUUACUAUCAGAAAGUGUCAAAUAAGUUCAGCUUGCAGCCAAAAUACAGAUCAUUAAUGAAGCAGGUUUAUAUUUUAGAGGUAUCAAUAAAAUCCUCAUCUGAAAAGAUCCAAACCACAAGGAUUUGAUUAUAAACAUAAUUUCCUAGACAAAAAGUUUUUGGCAAAGAUUCAGGUUCUGAGUAAGACCUUUUGGUUAUGUUGUGCAGUUUCAAAAGAACUAUUUAAAAGUCCUGAAAACUCAUGUAAAUAAAAAUCAUUGGGUGAAAAUUGUGUUUGUUAAAAUAUCUUAAUAAUUUAAAACUACCUGAUUUCCUGGAAAAUUUUUUAUUUAAAAAGUGGAGGCAUUGUAAAAAGGAAAUAGUGAUGUAAAUAAACAUGUUCUCUUACAAAUA